AUGAAAAAUUUAGUAAAAUUUUAUGAAAACAAUGUGAAAAGUGAGUGGGAGAUGUCGACUGAGAGGUGGAUGCCGGUGAUAAGACAUAAUGUUGCUGUUUGUGAUAAGAUUAGUAAUGGUCAAGUUCACUAUUUUAGUAGUCAAGUCAACUAUUUUUGUGGUCAAGUUUACUAUAUUAGCAUUCAAGAUGACUAUACUAGUAGUAAAGUUUACUAUUUUAGUGGUCAAGUUCACUAUUUUAGUAGUCAAGUCAACUAUUUUAGUGGUCAAGUUUACUAUAUUAUCAUUCAAGAUGACUAUACUAGUAGUAAAGUUUACUAUUUUAGUGGUCAAGUUCACUAUUUUAGUAGUCAAGUCAACUAUUUUUGUGGUCAAGUUUCCUAUAUUAAAAUUCAAGUUUACUAUUUUAGCAGUCAAGUUUACUAUUUUAGUGGUCAAGUUCACUAUUUUAGUAGUCAAGUCAACUUUUUUUGUGGUCAAGUUUACUAUAUUAAAAUUCAAGUUGACUAUAUUAGUAAUCAAGUUUUUUUAGUUGAGUUUAGUUUUUGUGUUCAAGUUGACUAUUUUAGCAAUCAAGUUGACUAUAGUAACAUUCAAGUUGACUAUUCAAGUAGUAAUGAUUACUAUUUUAGAAUAACCAUUCAAAAAUAUCCAAUUCCAGUUCCCCAUUCAAAAUGCACAUACGAUCCAUGUGAGACACCAUACUACAUCAUGAACAUCAUCAGCUGUGUCUCAAAAUUAAACUUCAUUUACUGUCCAACAUUCAUGCACAAUCAUCAAUGUGAAGAAACUUUAAAUUUUGUUAAGAACUUAAAUAAAUGUGGCGAGCGAAUUAACGGAAAUUAUUUCAUCCAUGCUGACUAUUAUGCAACACCGGAUGGAGAUAAGGAUAUUGAAAAGGAGGCUGAGGUGUAA